AUGGAUUUGCUUGUGAGCAUACUUCUGCUGUAUCUGAGUGCGGGAGUCCGCAGUGAAUCGUUACACGACACAAUUGAGGAACGCAGCAAUCGAGGUGUCUACGCCAGCAACUUCGUGGCGGAAUUUGAACCUAUCGGCUACGCCGCUGUAUCUUUACACCCAACGAUACCUGUCAUCCAUAUAAUAUCACCAUCCUUUAAAUACAACUUUGGCUCCCCGUACGACGAGGAGAUGAAACCAAAGCGCCACCACUAUGCCCGACUACCAGCUCAUUCUGCAUCACUAAUAGACACUCGUAUAACGAAGUUAUCGCCCUCGUCGUCAGAGAUGCAAGCACAAGAGAUAAUCUACGCACGGCCAAAUAAACGCGGCGGCUUCACAUACCGGCGACCGACAGCUGUGAGCCACCCGCCCGUCGAACCAAUCGUCAUACGCGUUCAAAAGUACAAAGUGGUACGCAACCGAUAA